AUGGCUUCACUUAAAGGUUUCUUUCACUACCUAACCUAUUACCUGGCUGCUGGUGCCGUGGCUUUGGGAAUGGGUUUCUUUGCUUUGGCAUCAGCUUUGUGGUUCCUGAUUUGCAAGCGAAGAGAAAUAUUUCAAAGUUCCAAAUUAAAAGCAACUGAUGAGAGAUGCAGGCAAAGACCAUCCAAGGCAAAGACUAACUCUAGUUCUCAUUGUAUUUUUAUUUCACGAAACUUUCAUACUGGAAGCUUCCAAUCACAGGAGGAAUCAAGAAAAAGUGAAACAGCACGUAAAAAAGAAAUUAAAGAUCACCCUAAAGAUGAAUUCUGCUUUGAACUAAAUAAGGUCACUAGUGACCCAUCAGAGGCUAGCUCAACUACAAAUUGCAGCAGUGUUACAAGGAACUUAUCAACAUUGCCAUCUGAUUCCUACUACAGCCAAAGCUUAGAAGCAACUGCUGACUGGUUUUCGGAUGAUUCUCUGGGGGAAAAGAACUCUGGCCUGCCUUUUGUCGGGGGACCGAUCAUGGAAAAAGUGUUUUCAUACUUGUCAACCAUUUCAUUGGAAGAAGACUGUAAAGAACCGGUACUGAAUAUGACAUGUGGUGAUCAAAAAGAUGACAGCAUUAAGGAAAUAUUCUCAGGAAGAAACUCAGAGGUUGAAAUACAAAACCUUCCACAUGACAAUGAAUGACUUUCUUCUUUUGAAACCUUGUAUUUACUGAAGUUGGGUAAAGUUAAAAUGGAAUGACCAGCUUCCAAGUCUCUUAGCAUGUCCAUCUACUACUGCACUUUUGUUCUUUCACAUAAGAGUGCUCCAGUGUCCCUUGCUUGUUCUUAUUUCUAGAAACAAAAUUAUAGGAAGAACUAAAGUGUUAUUCUUGACAUUGAUCUUCACUGAUUGUAUCUCAUCAAAGGACAUUCUAAGUAAUAGAAAGCUUUUAAGAUAUCUCAGCACAAACAUUUUUAAUAAAACAGUCACAGCGUAGCUUUCUACUGUUGACAUUUUCAGUUUUAUUUUAGUGUGGGGAGGACGGGGAAUAUCAGCUUUUCUAAAUGUUAGACACAUAAAUCACUUGCCAUUCGACUCCUAUGCCACACUGCGGUGAGCUAUAUUGUUUUUGCCUGUGAUUGUGGAGAAACCGGGACAGAGUGGUCUUUCCGCUCCCCUUCGCUCUCUAGUUCUUAGACUUGCCUCCGAACUCCCCACCCACCGAGCUAAGAAGGGGGGCUGCUGUGUUCAGAGGCACUUGACUCCAACUAGACACGUGCGAGUUUUGCUUCAGUCUUAGACCACUGAUCGAAUUCCUGUUUGGGUUCUGAGGGCUUCCUGACACCAUGUAAUUUUUUUUUUAAUAAA